GCUAGGUGGCUAGGUCACAAAUGGCGGCUGAUUUGAAGUCGUCGUCUCAUGGUUUGGCUGGUCAUCGGGUAAUGUUUGACCUCGCUGUUGGUGCGAAGCUUUGGAAUAUUUUGGGUUUAUGAUUGUAUCCAAUUUAUUUAGACGACAGUCCGUAUCAUCUUUGUGCUGUUUAGCAGCUUGUUGCUAAAGCAUGAGUCUGAACCCGAAGCGUCGUAGGAACACACAACACAGAAAGGAGACAGGUGACAGAAAGAAAAUGAGUAAACGAAAAAGAGAUAGUAGCGAACAGAAGAGUGUCACUGUCCGUUCUACGAAAGAUCCCGAGACACCCGACAUCCCCAGAAGCUGCCCGUUCCACAACUUCUCCGUCCUUGAAGUGGCGGAAUUGAGGGGUUCUUUGCUGGGGUGGUACGAUGAACACCAGCGCCAGCUGCCUUGGAGGGACAUAGCCAAAGCAGACGGCGAUCCCAACCAGAAAGCGUACGCCGUCUGGGUCUCGGAAAUCAUGCUGCAGCAAACGCGGGUCACCACUGUGAUCGAGUACUACAAGCGCUGGAUGAAGAAAUGGCCCACUGUGGGGGACCUCGCCAGGGCAAGCAUCGAAGAGGUGCUGCAAGCCUGGGCGGGCCUCGGCUACUACCAAAGAGCGAGGCGUCUUCACGAGGGAGCGCAGAAAGUGGUGCGAGACCUCGGAGGCCUCUUCCCCAACACCCCCAAGCGCCUGGCCCGUGAAAUUCCUGGCGUGGGAUGCUACACCGCAGCAGCGGUUGCCUCCAUCGCGUUUGGGCACCCUGCCGGAGCCGUGGACGGCAACGUCGCCAGGGUCUACUCUCGUAUGCGGCUGCUGGGCGCCACCCUCGGCUCGUCGCCGUCCGAACGGGCGUUGUGGGCUGCGGCCAACGAAGCGGUCUGCCCGGUUCGGCCCGGUGACUUCAACCAGGCCGUCAUGGAGCUGGGAGCGGGGGUCUGCACUCCGAGGAGUCCCUCGUGCACUCAGUGCCCCGUGCGGAGCGUCUGCCUGUUGUACCAAACGGAGACCGCAAAAAAGUCUAUCGGACGGGAAUCUGCACCUUUUGUUGCGGACAUCGAGGCAGUACCUGGCUGUGGAUUGUGCUUGCCCUCAAAGUACGGAAACACUGAGAUGGACGCAACGCAGCUGUACCCGCACAAGGCGGCUAAGAAAAAGCCCCGCCGAGAGACCCACGCGGUGUCGGUCCUCAGGUCAGGCGACCGGUACCUGCUGCUUCGCAAGACCGGUCAGGGUCGUCUGCUAGAGGGCCUCUGGGAGUUUCCCAACCGGCAGGUCGAUCCUCAAGGCUUGGCAAAGAAGUCCCAAGACGAAGAACGUCGGGUUGUGUCGCAGAUUAAUGCCCAACUUCUGAACAGUGCGGGAGGCAAGAAGCGUGCGAGGCGUCUCGGAGAGGUGACUCACCUGUUUUCGCACAUUCACGCCACGUACUGCGUUUACGAGACGACGCUAGACGAGGAGUGCGAGACGGAGGGCUCCUGGAUGUCCGCCGCCGAAGUCGAGUCGUCGGGAGUCUCGACGGCGAUGAAAAAGGUGCUGUCGCUGGCGGCCGGAAGAGCCAUUGAGAAACCGAGGCAGCGAUCCAAGUCGAGCGUUGACCCCAGACAGCAAAAGCUCAACUUCACAUCUGUCGGGUCGAAGGCGUCGACAUAAAUAAAUGCGCUUCUUUUUUGCGUGCGACCAACGAAGGUGACCGAACUGUU